CAUCGAGCUGUCCGGAACCGCCGACACGUGUGCUUCCUACUGUGCUCCCGGCCCCUUUCUCCGGCUGUCAGGGGUGAUGGGUCGCUCCCGCCGGACAGGCGCGCACCGAGCGCACUCCCUAGGCCGCCAGAUGAAGGCCAAGCGGCGACGGCCGGACCUGGAUGAGAUUCACCGCGAGCUGCGGCCGCAGGGUUCCGCCCGGCUCCAGCCCGACCCCGACGCCGAGCCCGACCCUGACUUGCCAGGGGGCGGCCUGCAUCGUUGUCUGGCCUGCGCGAGGUACUUCAUCGAUUCCGCCAACCUGAAAACCCACUUCCGAUCCAAAGACCACAAGAAAAGGCUGAAGCAGCUGAGCGUCGAGCCCUACAGUCAGGAAGAGGCGGAGAGGGCAGCGGGUAUGGGCUCCUAUGUGCCCCCCAAGCGGCUGGCAGUGCCCACAGAAGUGUCCACUGAGGUCCCUGAGAUGGACACAUCUACCUGACAUGGUCUGAAGAUACCAGGCAGAGUAGCUGCCCAUGGACAGAGAUGCAAGGGCUAGAGAGUGUGCCAAACUCUUUUUGCCCUGGGCUUGGGGGGCGGAUGGCCUCUUCUUGGUACCUUCCCCCCAAUAAAGGAACUGGACAGAG